AAAUCACCAAUAGGCGCGACGUUUAUUGCGGAACUGUUCCUGAAUUCGGCCAAUGAGACGUCGGCUUCGUUUUCAUCCGGGCUGUGGGACAGGGGUGGCAAUGGCGCCUCCCGUCCGGUACUGUAUCCCCGGCGAGCGUCUGUGUAACCUGGAAGAGGGCACCCCGGGCAGCGGUACCUACACGCGGCACGGCUACAUCUUUUCCUCCCUUGCCGGCUGUCUGACGAAGACGAGCGAGAACGGCGCGCUUCCUGUGGUAUCUGUGAUGAGAGAGACAGAAUCCCAGUUACUUCCAGAUGUGGGAGCUAUUGUAACAUGCAAGGUCUCCAGCAUCAAUUCGCGGUUUGCCAAAGUACAAAUUCUCUACGUGGGAUCCACACCUCUCAAGAACUCCUUUCGAGGAACAAUCCGGAAGGAAGAUAUCCGAGCCACUGAAAAAGACAAGGUUGAAAUUUACAAGAGCUUCCGUCCUGGGGACAUUGUGUUGGCCAAAGUGAUCUCUCUGGGUGACGCACAGUCUAAUUACCUGCUGACUACUGCUGAAAAUGAGCUGGGAGUAGUGGUGGCGCACAGUGAGUCAGGUGUCCAGAUGGUGCCCAUCAGCUGGUGUGAGAUGCAGUGCCCUAGGACCCACACCAAAGAAUUCCGGAAAGUGGCCCGAGUACAGCCUGAAUUCCUGCAGACCUAAGUGGAGUGCUCAGCUGUUGCUGGGAGUCUAGAUAUGACCAUAACCUUUGGACGCCAUUCUUUUUCAACACCUGGGUCAACCAGCAACUGCCUGUGGAUAAAUCUGCAGCAACUCAGUCUGCAAAUGAAACAUUCUGGUGAGCA